AUGCCUCUCGAUGAAGAAGGUGCCAAGUGGUCUUGCGAGCCUUGCAUUCGCGGCCAUCGAUCUUCAAAAUGCCAGCACUUCGACAGACUCAUGAUGAAAGUGCCUAAAGCGGGUCGGCCACUGGCUAAGUGCCCUCACCCUAAAGGGACUUGCAGCUGCCAAAAGACCUAUGCUUUUAUGGUCCGCAUACCCAAAGGCUCAAGCUGCUUGUGUCGACCGCUUUACAAAGUACCUGCAGGUGCCAGCGAUUCAUCACAAUCUACUCCGGUCUCCAUGCCCUCGGUAUCAUCACCUUCUUCCGGCAAAAUCCAAAAGUCAGGAAGGAGACAGAGCAACAUUCAAGCCACCCCGGAGAACAUCGCCAAGGCCUUAGAGGCCAUGCCUGAGAGUCUCAAACUCGAAGAUGGCACCUCGAACUACCUCGGAAACCUUCCUUCUUAUCAGUCGGAACAAGAUGAUUUUAACGACAACCGCAGUCAUCAAACUACUUCAUUGCCCCAAGGGUCCACCCAAGCUGCGAAUGGAUCCAGCUGCUGCUCCCAGAAGCCGCAAACUCCACCAGUGGCACAAGCAGCAUCACAGGCCACGGGUUCCUGCUGCAGUGGGAAAAAACCGGUCUCCAACUCUGUCGCCGAUGGUGUCGCCAAUAGUCAUGGAUCGAAACCAAAGCAGCCUACAUCAUGGACUGACAUGUCUUACAUGAAUUUCCCUGCGCAACAGAUGCCUUCCUGGCAGAACUCCAUGGCGUCUACACAGGAGAAUUUUAUUCCAUCUUACGCAAUGCAAAAUACUCGGGCUCAGUCAUUCUACAUGAACGGCUACACCCCGAACGUGUCUUCCACACCAUAUUCAAACUCCAUGAAUGGGCUUGGAAUUGCGCCGUCCAACAUGACCACCUUCCCUAUGGACCAUUCUCAAAAUUCCGCUUAUGCAUCCACAACCCUCAGCGGCGACACUAGCCAUGACUGCAGUUGUGGAGAUGAUUGUCAAUGUCUAGGCUGUGCAGCCCAUCCUUUUAACAACACCACGCGUCAACAUGUCCAAGAAAUGGGUGUUAUGAUGACAUUUGACGGAGACGACUCUACCCCCGAGGCCAUGGCUAAUACCUACAAUCCUCCAUCUUUCCAAACAAACGCCGCCACGACUCCAAUAAACUUCUUUAUGCAACAGACACCCGCAAUGGACCAUGGCAUCCACCAAAAUUCCUUCGAGUCGUACUCCGAUCCCAACUCGACUAUGCCUAGAAGCUAUUCCUCUCCUCUGUCGGCGUUCAACCAGCAAUUGAUGCACCCAUCCGAAUACUACACUAUCGAGUAUCCAGUUGGAAUCCCAAGUGCUUGCUCCGACGUAACCGGCAGCUGCCAGUGCGGCAACGACUGCAGCUGCGUCGGUUGUCUCACGCACAGCGGUCACAAUGGCGUAACUUUGGACCCGCCAAUCACAGACGCUUCAGUCGCCAAUCCCACGGAAACUGGCCACUCACCUCACGGAACACCGACUAUGACUGCUGGCAGCCACACUUCCAGAAUUCCAGUCUUGGAAAAUGUGUCGAUGCCUUGUCUCAGCCCACGCACACUUGAAACAUCCAUGAUUUGA